AUGGUAGUAUGGUAGAUGCGCGGCAAACAGUAUCGUGCGAGAACGUAUUUCUAUCUGCUUGUGCUUAGUCUUUACAGAAAUCUGUGCCCGCACGAAUGACGCUGAUAAAACUAUUACAAUUCGUACUUUCCUAUUCCCACGAGGAUGAUAGUCAGUGACUAGCGGUGUGAAGUGAAUCGUUCGCAUUAACCUUGUGCAUCGUGGAAUUUUUCGGCCGGAGUGAAUCUCUAGGUGCGGUGUCUGUAAACAUACGUUCCAGUUUGACGAAGCCAAAAUGGGCUGCGUAUCACAGUGUGCCAAGUAUUUUUUAUGCUUCUUCAAUUUCGUUUUCUUCGUAGCCGGAGGGGUUGCGUUGGCGGUCGGAGUUUGGCUCUUCGCCGACAGCACUUCUUUUGCCGAUCUCGUCGGCAAGCUCGACCAGUCGGAUAUUCUGAACAAAACUGAUGCGGACGUCAUCAGGGUAAUAUCGUAUAUCUUGAUUUUGGUAGGAGCGUUGACUUUUAUGAUAAGUUUCAUGGGAUAUUGCGGUGCGAUGUUCGAGUCACGAUGCCUUCUCUGUGUUUACGGUGUUCUCAUUCUCGUGGUUCUGAUCCUAGAAUGCAUCGUGGUAGGCUUAGCUUUUGGACUGAAGGGCGAUGCAGAACAGACCACGCGAGAGUUUCUUAAAUCUACGAUCAAGUAUUAUGCCAGUAACGUUGAUAAGACAGAAACAGUCACGGUAGCAUGGGACGGGAUGAUGACACAGUUGCAUUGCUGUGGAGUAGAUGAUUAUCUAGACUUCAGGGAGAGCCUGAAUUGGACGUCUACGGAUAAAAUUGUACCUGAAGCGUGUUGCAUGAAGGAGAACGGUAAUUUGAAGGACCAACUUUGCCCGAUCAGCCCCUCUGCCAAUAACUCUUACUUUAAAGAUGGUUGUUACAGUGCGUUAAUAAGGACGAUCGAAGAGAACGCAGCCAUAGUGAUCGGGAUUGCGGCUGGAUUAGCAUUUAUCGAAAUCCUAGUUAUUAUCUUAGCCGUACAUUUGGCUUGCUGUUACUGGCGACCACAACACGCUUGCAUCGACGUCUCGUCGAAACAGGUGAACUAACGAUGGAAAUGUUAUGUUUAGAUUUUCAAGUAAGACCGUGACCGUACGUCGUAUGAGCUUCUUCGCGUCAGCUCUCAGAAGUUCCAAUUUUUAUAUUAUUCCGAGCGGAAACUCAAACGACAGCUUGUUAAACGUUAAGCAUUUCGUUUUCUGAUACUUUUAAGCUGAAAUAAUUCCAGCCACGGAGUAGAUAUAUAAUUUCCAUUUUCAAUCAAUUCUGGUACGUCAGUAUUAACUUGGAAUUAAGACUAAGCACUGAACUAGAGAUUUCAAAUUUGAAAAAAUAAGAGAUUUUAAACGUUAUAAAGUAGCUCUUUACUAUUGUAUUUUUCUACUCUCGCGGAUUCGAUGCCUAACGAUGUUCACGCGAUCAUUUGUUUGUUCAUAUCGCGCACAAAAAAAAUUUUCGUUUGCAGUUUUAACUUGUUGGUGCUGCUGUUGACGACAUAAACUAACAGGGAGCUCUUCGUACCUUCUCGUGGCUCCUUUCAUCGAGAGAACUGAGUCAUUGGCUUAAGCUUAAUUGAAAUGAUGGAUGUACAGUGACUAGAAAAAGUGUUUGCCAUCACAGUCACGUAAAAUUAUUGUUGCACGUAAUCAAGGCACAAAUAGAAAUGAGAUUGCGUGCAAGUAUUUCUCAAGGUCACUCUACAUUCGUCGAUUGCUCGACCAUACUUUUCUAAAAGUCCAGUAAAUGUUUAUCAGACAUACAUCAUAGCUAAAUAUUUUGUAUAAAUAUUAACUAUAAAGUAAGAAAGCGUCCGAACAAUUUUCAUAUAGAAUCGUUCCAAGAAAUUUAGUAAUUCUUAAUUGAAAGAGAAAUGAGUCUAUUUAACAAUAAAAAUAAUCGUUUUGUUUCGAAACAAGCAAGUACAAAAAUAAAUAAAGAGCAGAGUUUUAUAUGAGCAAGACUGUAGAAACACGUGCUUGCGUCCAACUACUUUGUACAUAUAAACGUAUAUAUUUAAAAUAAUACGAUUACACAAUAAUGUAUUAUUUUAUUAAAUUGUAUUUACUAUAUUACAUUAAUGUGUAUAGAUUAGGAUACUACGUACAAUAAUCUCUGUGUUUAUAAGACAACUAAAAUGUAUAUGAAAAUUUGUAAUGUUUUAUAAUGUACCAUAUACUUUAUACUGUUUUAUAAUGUACACGAGUCGUGAUAAAAAUUUUUGUAUUCUUCGUAAACAAGAACAUUUCUUCCUAUCUCCUCAAUUAUUUACAAACUAAGUGAUAUACUUUAUAUUACAUACUUUAUAGCUAUAGUGUAAUGAUUGAAUGAAAAUCGAAUAUAUAACAUAAUUUUUCAAUUAUUAUUAUUACUUUAUACCUGUAAAGUUCGUUUAUUCUCCGUUUGAACUAGUAUCACAGUCACUGUCUCAUAAUAAAAGAAUGUUUUAGCUGUUAGAAUCGACCACAUUGAAGGAUUCAAUAAAAAAUUUAAACUAUA